AACUGCCCGAAAGUUAAGGAGUUGUAUUGUUAUAACAACCAAUUAACUAGUUUAGAUGUUAGCCAAAUAAAAGAUAGUUUGCGGGUUUUUUCUUAUCGCCAUAAUAAGUUCUUACCUGAGGAACAGGCUAAAUUAGAUGAUUUGCUUUUGCCAGAGAGUAGCACCAAAACCCCCCCAAAUAUUCCGGCUCAGGAGCGAUUAGAUAGAAGGUAUUCGCAAGAAGAAAGGGUUAACGUUACAGAACUAGAUAUUAGUGGAUUAGGAUUAACUGGAGAAUUAGAUUUGACUGAAUUUGUGAAUUUAGAGAAAUUGGAUUGUAGCGAUAACCAAUUAACUGGUUUAGAUUUGAGAAAUUGUGAGAAGUUGGAGAUUUUGGAUUCAAGUUGUAAUGAAAUUAAUGAAUUAAGUGUUGAUGAUAAUCUAGAAUUAGUGCAAUUACUUUGUUUUAAUAAUAAUUUGGAAGAGUUAAAUGUAAAAAGUAAUGAAAAACUGAAAACACUUAUUUGUUCUCAAAAUGAAUUGACAGAAUUGUCGGUCAAUCCAGAGAUUAAUUUUUUGGAUUGCUCAAACAACUUAUUGGAAAAUUUAGAAUUGGGUGAAUGUUUAGAGUUGCAAACGCUUCGAUUUCAUAAUAACUAUAUAUUUUACAUUGACUUAGAAAAUUGCCAACAAUUAGAACAUGUUUAUUGUUAUGGUAAUCAAUUACAAGAAAUAAGUGUAAAAAAUCUAAAAAAUUUAAAGGAAUUAUAUUGUGCUCAUCAAAUGGACGACACCAUGGACGAAGAAUUUGAAGAUCAUCUUACACUUAGAAAAUUAUGUCUCCAAGGUUGUCACUCCCUAGAAGAAUUGGAUUGUGCGGAAAACCGUAUUAAUGAGAUCGAUAUAAGCAACUUAAAAAGUUUGCGGUUCGUUUCUUGCAGAGAAAAUCAUUAUAGUUUAAGGAAAGAAAGCAAUGCUGAUUGUUUUUUGAAAGUGGUCGGUUGCGAAAAUUUAGAAUAUUUAGAUUGCACUAGGAAUUACUUUUUGGAAAGUUUAGAUUUUUCUGGUUGUAAGAAACUAAGGGUGCUUCUUGCCAGUAAGUGUAGAAUUAAGGACAUAAAAUUUGAUAAGGAAGGUUACGAAAGCAUUAAUGAAUUGGAUAUUUCUAAUAAUAAUCUUGGUAAUCUUAAUCUUGAUGAAGUUUUACAAAAUUUUCCUAACUUGGAAAAAUUGAGUUAUGAUUUACUAAAAUUGAAUGAGAAAGAAUUAGAAGGAGUGCCUGAUGAGUUAAAAGAAAAAUUACUUGAAUUAAUAAAUAAAAAACAAGAGGAAAAAUUUGCUGAUGAAUUAAGAAAGGAAGGCCUCCAUAUCCCAGGAGAUGAACUACCUAGAAAACGAAAAAAACAAAACCCUUCUCCUACCCAAGAACCUCCUGAAUUACCAACUCCUCAAGACAUUCCUACUACUCUAAAUAAUGAACCUGAAUCGGAUUAUAAAAAGUUAUAUGAUGAAUUACUAACUGAGGUUGAGAAAUUAAAAAACAGUUCAGGCGAUCAGCAAGCCAAAGAAAUAGCAGAAAUUAGAGAAAAGAUUAUCAACUCUUCUUUAAGUGAAAGUGAUAAACAGAAAUUGCUAAGAAUGUUAGAACAACAAACCCGAACUACUUCUAAAUACCAACCUAAACCUACUAGUUAUACUCCUUGA